UCUCAGUCAUCGCAUUCGUUGAUAAAUCGGCCCACCUUGCACUGCCUCGCGAGUUUUUCUCCGCAGCAGCAACUUUCAUUAUUCCUUCUUAAAUCGCCGAUCGUGAUUUUCGUUGCGUUUAGUUCGGAAUUCUAUUUCAUAUUUCCGCGGAACCAUUUACUCGCCGCUUAGAACCGUUCAUCUACAUACAUCAAUCAACGGGAGCAGAACCAACACAUCAUCUUCUGUAGCUACUAGGUAGAGCGAAGCGUUCGAUGAGGGGGGUAUGAUCGGAUCGUUCGUUUGCCAGUCCCACAACGAACGGCGCGUGAUAAGAAAGCCACUACCUUCAAUUCACCUUUGAGUUUUUCCGUUCGUGCGCUGCAGUGCAGUAUCAUCGUUUCGGUUAGCAGCUUCGCGUGGUAGUGCUAUUUUUCGCUGCUUUUCAUUUUUUUGUUCUCAGUGAAGUUCACAAUUUUCGGCGUAUUUUGUUCAUUGGACAUUACAUGAACGGAACGCUAUGAACUGGAAGUUACCUGUGUGAAGCUGAUCGAGUUUUACAUCCUACCAAUAUCGCGUUAAGUGGGGUUCAAGUGUGUAAAGAAAAAUGACUAAUUUAGGGCCGCUUAUCAAACAAUCAACGCUGGUGCAUCUUUGCAUGGCAAUAUCGUACUUUACAUCUGGAUUGAUUAUCAACAUCGCACAAUGCAUCCUCUACUUCGGAUUGAAACCAUUCAAUAAACGGCUGUAUCGGACGUUAGGAUACUAUCUCUGUUAUUCGUUCUACUCUCAAUUGGUGUUUUUAGCCGAUUGGUGGUCAGGUACGAAACUUUACGUUUAUAUAAGUGAAGAGGAUCUAAAAUAUUGCGGCAAAGAGCACGUUCUGCUCCUCAUGAAUCACACCUAUGAAGUCGAUUGGUUGAUGGGAUGGAUGUUUUGUGAGAAAGUCGGCGUAUUAGGAAAUUGCAAAGCUUACGCCAAAAAAGUGAUACAGUAUAUUCCAACGGUUGGUUGGGCAUGGAAAUUUGCAGAGUUUGUAUUUUUGGAGCGAUCUUUUGAAAAGGAUAGGGAAAUCAUUGGCCGUCAGAUCAAUGAAAUUAUGGACUACCCCGAUCCGGUGUGGCUACUCUUGAACGCCGAAGGUACGCGUUUUACCGAGAAAAAGCACGAGGCAUCGGUUAAGUUUGCUCGUGAACGAGGAAUGGUUGAGCUCAAACAUCAUUUGAUACCACGCACUAAAGGAUUCACUGCAAGUUUGCCUCAUCUGAGGGGCAAAUGUUCGAUUCUGGGUAUCCAGCUAGCGAUAAGCAAAGAUUCACCCAAUAAACCCAGUAUCUUCAACAUUCUGAACGGAAAACCCUUGAUUGGACACAUGCAUGUGCAUAGAAUUCCAACAGAAUCACUCCCAGAGAAGGAAGAAGAAGCCGCCGAGUGGCUUCAAGAACUUUUCCGCGAAAAAGACCAACUGCAGGAAAGUUUCCAUACUCACGGCGACUUUUUCACAGGGUCCAACGUACCGCGCAAAGUUCCGAUCGAAUUAAAACCACGUAUACAUACCCUCAUUAAUAUGGCUGCGUGGAAUAUAAUAACCGUGGUGCCAAUCGUGUAUUACUUGGCACAACUUCUGAUCACCGGAGAACUUAUAAGCUUUUCAAUCGCAGCUUCCAUUUUGUUUGCAUUCCACUUGCUGAUGGUGAAAGCAAUCGGAAUGUCUAAAAUUAGCAAAGCUUCUUCCUACGGUUCGGACAAGGUAAAUGGGCACAGUCAUCGUAAUGGAGAUACGAAUUCGGAAACGGCCAAAACUAAGUGAACUGCAUAAGUUUUUUUUUCGAAGCGCUCGAGUGUAAAUUUAGUGUUGUGUGUAUGUCGUAGCUCGCACGUCGAAAUCUGAUUCGAAAUUACAAUCGUAGGUAGGUUAACUCCAACAAUUUUCUCUGAUACGAGAAAAAUAUUUGCUAUAAGCAAACAAUGACCUUUUUCGUGUGGGAACAAAGCCUUCCAAAAUAACACCACAAGACUUGUGUUGAACCACCUUUUACUAUAUGCCAAAUUUUUGCUAAAACGUAUUACAUUGCUCCGGAAGGAAAUGUAGCAGUCGAUGUAAUAGGCACAUCCUGGAUUAUCGAAUGGUUUUAUCUUCCUUAAAUAUAUAUUAAACGAUAGGAACAUUUCUUUUAUACAAUCAUGAACAAUGGUGUACUGUUGUUGUUGUUUUUGGCUCUUUGUAUACACACAUUUCUCUAUAGGAAUAAAUCGAUAGUUUAGGCAACUAUCAUCCGGAAAAUAAAAUCACAAUUCAAGAGAUGGAACUAUUUAUUGUCAACAUUUCGGCGCCGAUAUUCUUUAUACAACGCGGCGAAAUGAACUCUGUAGAUAUUACAUUUUUAAACAGAGUUGAUACAAAUAAACACUUUGAGAACGGGUUUGUUGAGGACGAAAAGGAACGAAUGGGAACUCACUCUAUAAAAAGAAUACUGAAAUGAAAUCUUCCACCGAAAUAUGCACAAACGUUACCACCAUCACUGAAUAUGUUCUCUUGAAUUCGAAUAUAUCUUUCAUAUAAUGAAUAUAAUCCGGUAGUGUUAUGAUUGUUUCCUUACUCAAUAUGUUUUGUAGAUAUAAGAGCUACCAAAACAUAGCCCAGUUCGUAUACUUUACGGUAGUUAUCCUUUUGCAUAAGGUUUAACUACAGAAUUUUCCCAUUUUUGUUCUUCAUUAAAAACAAACAGCGCACAGACGACUUAAGAUAGCUUAUAGCGUUAUGAAAUUCUGUUAACAUAUUUAAUUCACCAUUUUUCGUUUUUCUAGUUGAUUGGCACAUUCCUAAACUCGACUUCUUAGGUCCAAUCGCAUGAUUAAACGUAAUCUGUAUCCUUUAUUUCCUUUAAAUUUUCAUUAAGGGUGGUAUGGUUUUCCAGAACAAAUUCAUUUCAUAUUACGUCAGGGUAGCUUACAAAUGGAACGAAAUUGCCAAGUUUGGGAAAGACAGGUCAAUAAACAGUGUUGUAAUUGUUA